AAGAAGAAGAAGAAGAAGAAGAAGAAGAAGAAGAAGAAGAAGAAGAAGAAGAAGAAGAAGAAGAAGCCGCGUAAUGUGAAGUUUGGAAGCUCAGCGGCUUGUGAAGCAGAGCUCACCGCCUCGCCAUGCUGAUUAACCCGGAGGAAGAGGCCCUGAUUGGUCGAGUGUUUGAGACCUAUUUGGCGGAGCAUCAUCAGGAUGAGCUUCUGCAGCUCCUCACCGACAUAAAUGAAGACUCUCAUCGCUCCGUUGUGGUCAACGCCAUGACGCUGUUUGAAGCCAAUAUGGAGGUUGGGGACUAUUUCAAUGCAUACCCAGAAGAUGUGCUGGCGGUGUUUGAUGAGGUGUUACAGAAGAAAGCUUUGGAGCUAGCAGAUGAUGCUUCCCUCAAAGACAGAAGACCAGGAUCCAGACAGAGGCAGAUCUAUCACACCCGCAUCACAGGUCUCCCGGUGUGUCCAGAACUAACCAGACAUACCAUCCCCAGGUCCAGAGAUGUGGGUCAUUUUCUGUCUGUGACUGGUACCGUCAUACGCACCAGUGUGGCUAAGGUUCUGGAGUUUGAACGGGACUACAUCUGCUCAAAGUGCAGACAUGUUUUCAAGGCGCAGGCAGAUUUUGAACAGUUCUAUACCUUUGUCCAGCCGGUCGGCUGCCCCAAUCCUGCUGGCUGCAAUUCCUCUAAGUUCAGCUGUCUGUCUGAAGCAUCUGAGCCUGCCGCCUGCAGAGACUAUCAAGAAAUCAAGAUCCAGGAGCAAGUGCAGCGGCUGGCGGUGGGCAGUGUUCCUCGCUCCUUAGUGGUGGUUCUGGAAGACGACCUAGUUGACAGCUGUAAAUCUGGUGAUGACAUAACAGUGUAUGGUGUGAUGUGUCUCCGCUGGAAGCCCCUUCAUGAUGGCUCCCCCUGUGAUGUGGAGCUGGUCCUGAGAGCUAACAACAUUGAAGCUAACAACCAGCAGGCUGCUGCUGCUCUGCUGGUUAGAGAUGUUCAGAAGGAGUUUGAAGACUUCUGGGACGGCUACAAGCACAACCCACUGGCUGGGAGGAAUGAGAUCCUGUUGAGUCUGUGUCCACAGGUGUUUGGCAUGUAUGUGAUCAAGCUGGCUGUGGCCAUGGUGCUGGCUGGAGGGGUGCCCAGAAUCGACUCCUCUGGGACCAAAGUUAGAGGAGAGUGCCACAUGUUGCUGGUUGGGGAUCCUGGGACUGGGAAGUCUCAGUUCCUGAAAUAUGCAGCCAAGGUUAUACCCCGGUCAGUUCUGACAGCUGGAAUUGGAUCUACCAGUGCUGGCCUGACGGUGGCUGCAGUGAAGGAUGGAGGCGACUGGCACCUGGAAGCUGGAGCCUUGGUCCUGUCUGACGGAGGUUUGUGCUGCAUCGAUGAGUUCAACAGCAUCAAGGAGCAGGACCGCAUCAGCAUUCAUGAAGCCAUGGAGCAGCAGUCCAUCAGCGUGGCCAAAGCCGGAAUGGUCUGUAAGCUGAACACUCGGACCACCAUCCUGGCAGCUACAAAUCCUAAAGGCCAGUAUGACUCCAGUGAGCCCCUGUCUGUGAACGUGGCGUUGGCCAGUCCUUUGCUCAGUCGUUUUGACCUGGUUCUGGUCCUGCUGGACACCAGGAACCCGGAAUGGGACCGAAUCAUCUCCUCUUUUAUUCUGGAGGACCAAGAAGCUCCUGCUGAUCCCAGCGGUCUCUGGUCCCUGGAGAAAAUGAAAGCCUACUUCAGUCUGAUCAAGCAGCUGCAGCCUCGCGUGUCUGAGGAGGCCAACUGCAUCCUGUCCCGGUAUUACCAGCUACAGCGCCAGCGGGACGGACACAACGCCGCCCGCACAACCAUCCGCAUGUUGGAGAGUCUGAGCCGACUUGCUGAAGCACACGCCCGGCUGAUGUACAGAGAGACGGUCACCAUCCAAGAUGCUCUCACUGCCGUGUCGGUCAUGGAGUGCUCCAUGCAGGGCGGAGCUCUCCUGGGAAACGUCAACGCAUUGCUAACAACGUUUCCCAGCGACCCUGUCCAGCAGUAUCAGACCCAGUGUGAGAUGCUGCUGAAAGGACUGAACCUGCCGCUGCUGCUUCUGAAGGAGAUGGAGCACCUGCUCAGGCUAAGAAGCAACAACCCAGAGACGGCGAACUGUGAUCCAUCACUCACUUCAAACCAACAUGCCCUCCAAUGCUGUGAGGAACCAGUGGAUGGUCUGGACCAUCUGCAGGCCAGCAGCCCCUCACCGUCCCCACAUGAUGUAACACCGCCCAUGUUUACAUCAACUCAACAAACCGCGGAUGAUGCAGCUAAGAGGGGCUGUUCAAAACCAUCUGCAGGAGUCCUGGAGCAAAAUGAACAGGGACAGAUGCCUAGGACAGAGGAGGAGGUGGAGAAGGAGACUCCAGGGAUGAGGCAACAGAAGGAUACUGAGGCUGGAACACCAUCAGACCUACGGGCUAAGCUGUCAGCCUUCUGUUUCAAACCCAGGGAGAAGAAGCCAUCAGAGCACAGCAUCAGUAGGGUGGAGAAGACAGGCGGCCAUGAUGAGCGAGGCAGCCAGCUUCCACCGGCUAAGAGGAGGAGGGACGGGCAGGAACCAGGCCAGAACCUCCAGUCACAACAACCUCCUCAGGAAACAGCAAACGGCAAACUGCAGCAGCCCCACCAACCUACCGCUGAUGCCCAGCAACACCGGAGACCAGCAGACCAUGGUGGGGGGGGUCUGAGGAAGAGGAUGUGCUUCCAUCUGAGUCCUGGAUCCAAGCAGGCUGGCUCAGGGUUCUCCUUAUUCACUCCAGCCGACUUCCCCAAUGAUGUGCUGGACACCGACUGGGAUCAGGAGGUUUCAAAGACCCCCAGAGCCUAAGACCAUGGAUCGCCCACCACAGAAGGAACUUCUGCUUCUAAAGACUCGCCAAGAUCAACAAACGGUUCAUCUUUCUAUUUGCUUAUGGCAUAGAGUCUGUCCCAUCGGCUCCGUGCCAGGACAGACAGACCUCUGAUCAGCUAGCAAAGCCUGUGACUGACUGAUCCAAACAUGAUCCAUCCAUAAUAGAGGUCCAACCUCUGACCUGAAGGGGCAUCUGGACAUUUGGUCACCAUAUUUAUGAAGGUGACCAUAAAAAACUAGUUUGUUUCUCUUGAAGCCUUUAAGGCCAACAGACAAAUACGGUCUUAAGGGAACCAUGUAGAACCAGAGAGAGAGACUGCACCUAUUCCUGUUCUAGACGUCACUGCUGGUCUGCUGCAAUUAAUGGGAGGAUUAUUCCCACAAUACAGACCAUUUCCGGACUUAAGUCCAAAUAACCAGAGAGGAACUCAUAAAGGUUAAUAUCCAUGAUGUUUAUUGGUGAGAUUAAUCCAUGUUUUCCCAGUGAUCAGAUUCAUGUCCCUGAGCUCCCAGUUCACACCCAGAGCAAAGGGAGGGCAGAUGCCCUGGUUCUGACCCAGUCUGAGUCCUCCACAUCUCAUGGAGCAGCAUGGAAGAUGCUUUGAGUUUUCAGAGUAUAUUUAAUGAGUGGGUGGAAGAGAAGCCCUGCUGCUGCCCCCCCCUGUCCUUCAGCUUGGACACCAUCAGGUACAACAACUCCACGAUGUUUAGAAGGACAGAGAAAACGGCCAAUGCCAGCAUGAAGACUACAAAAACAGUUUUCUCUGUGUGUCGGCUGAUGAAGCAUUGUACAGGGGUUGGGCAGGGGUAGUCCUCACAUAAGAUCUUUGCAGGGAUGAACAGGAAGCCGUAGAGGAAGUACUGGCCCACAAUGAAUGACACUUCAAGCAGCAUCUUGAACACCAGCUGCAUGAUGUAGCUGGCCAAUAAGACUCCCCUCAGUUGGACUUUGCCUCGUCCAUCUAAAGCACUUCUCUUCAUCGUGUUUCUAUGCUUUGGACGUCUCCUGGCUUUGUUUUCUUUUCGAAUGACCAGCAGGACGUGGCCCAGGUACACCAGGGUCGGGGUGGAGACGGUGAGGAUCUGCAGCACCCAGAAGCGGGUGUGGGAAAGAGGAAAGGAUCGGUUGUAGCAGGAGUUCCUGCAUCCGGUGCUUCUGGUGUUGCAGUCCAUGUUUGCUUGUUCAUCUCCCCAGAUUCUGUCCACUCCAGCAGCCAGGAUGAAGAUCCGGAAGAGGAACAGUACACUCAUCCACACCUUUCCGAACACCGUGGAGUGGGACUGUACCUUGUCCAGCAUGUCUGAGAGGAAGGACCACUCCCCCAUUAUGACCACCUUCACAAAGAGACGGGAGAUUUGCAUUAGACAGACUUUCAGAUCAAUCCACAGAAUGCAGAACAGAAACCAAAUGUCUGAUGACCAGGAGUUUUUAAUCACAACCCAAGGAUUAGAGGAGCUGCACUACUCCCUAUCUAGAGUAAGACUGUUCUGUUUGGUUCCCGAUCAAAUCUGAUCAGUUUCUCCAAAGUAACGUAGAGAGAAGGAUAUAAUGCAUGGAACAUGUAAGCUAACAAUCAGAGCUAGUUCAGGAGACGGGUUGGAAGAGCUAGACCUUAAAGGCUUUGUGGAAGAUGGACGGAGCGCUGCUGCUCCUUCCACCAAUGAGAAGCUACACAUGAAUAGAUCUCUAUCAUCUAGACACAGCUAACCAGCAGAGGAAGCAAGUCAAGGAUCAGCUACAGUGGUCCGUGUUUUCUUAAUGUAUGCAGGUGCUUCCUUUUAAACGAGGGAUCAGAAAACCACCGAGUCACCAUGAAGUUUAAAUCAGGCUAGACUCUACAAAGAGCCACAACAUGGCAGUGAAGCUAAUAUUUCAAUGAUAUGCUUCUGAGCCACAUUCAAUAAAUAAGUGAAAUCAUA